GAUCAGCGGACCCCAUAAUGCAUGUGAUUGGCUUUUGUGUCGCUCCAGACGCGGGGUGUAAUUGCAACGGUUUAUUAUAACACGGACAAGUCAAGUCGUCUAAACAAGUGCGAAACUGACGGGUGUCUUAACAGACUAUCAUACUUGCGGCUUUUGGUGUCUGGUAUUUCCCCCUCGUCGGGUGUUCAAGCCUCCAUGGGAAACUGAAUGAGACAUUCUGCAUGAGAGGAGCAGAAGAAGAAGGACAGGCUUGGGUAGAUAGAGGGGGAUAUUAAAUAAGGAGGAGUGACUGGCACCUGCCCUACAGCUCUCUUUGAAGGGCAGGAAAUAGAAACGAAAGAAAGGAGUGACCAGAAAAGAGGAAAAAAAGGGAGAGAGUGGGGGAAAGAGAGAAUGAAGACAAUUGGAAUCCAAGGGUUUCCUCUCGGUGUCCGUCACUCGCACUAGAAUUUUGGACCCUGGAACCAGGAAGUAUGAUAAGCAGGAAGUUGCUCUUAUUGGUCUCCCUUUUCUUGUGGGAGGAGUUUGGCAGGGCGGGGUCUGCGGUCAAGGUGGUCCGGAGGAGAGGACUGAGCGGGCAGCGUUCACUUAAACCCGAGGGCAAGGUUCUGGCUGACCAAUGGGAAGAAAGCCCUGAAAAAGUCGGCUUGGCAACGAGAAAUCUCAAGGACUUGCUUGCCCGCGACCAGGCCGAGCGCAGCGACCUUUCGGUCAUAAAGAAGCUCUCGCAGAACCACGCCACUCACCCCCUACUCACAAAACGUGAGGAUGGCCAGAGUUUUGGGGUAAAACUAGACGGAUUGGACUCUGCAGUGCACGGACUGUCUGGCAGCAACGAGGCGGCUCUGGAACCGAGGAAGAGCAGGAAUGGCACCAGGGGCGCUGACAGUUCCCUCCCUAAACCUGGGAGAACUGAUAAAGGUCUGCCCAUUCAUCACAAGAUAGACUUUGGCCUCCACCCAAACAGAACCCGAACCAAGUCCCUGGCCAGGUCCGGUGCCAGAGCGGGGUCUGCUGUCCAUCCUGGCCAGACCCCCAAGGGCCUCUCGCUGGAGUCGCCCAGGAAACUCAACCUGACCGGCAGCUAUGGCGUGCUAAAGCUGAUCUCCAAGGAGAACCUGGUGCGGAUCGUGAACUCCCAGCUGCAGAGCAUGGUGGGAUUGAAUUUCCAGGGCAAGGCCAGUCGCAGCAGGAAGAGGGAUCUGAUUGAUGUGGACCAUAGCCUGCCGACGGCCUCGAAGGUGAAGCGGCAGGACCGGGCGGUGGCCUCGGAUCUCUAUGGCAUCCCGGACAAUCAAACAGAGGAGCUGCACAUGAGCGCGACGUCCCACGUCAACCUCAACACCGAGCAGGCCGCGCACAGCCUCUGGAAGCCAGUCAGCGAGUUCUCCUCCUCGGACUCUGUCAUUGGCCGGCCCAGCGAGCGGGCCUCACCAAAAGGUCAGCUCGUCACGGAAACCUGGAGCAGCAGCAGCAGUGGCGUCGUUGGCGGCAAGCGGCUCAGCGCGCACCUGGCGUCCACCCCUCAGGCGGAGGUCCUGAACACCGAGAGGGACGCGUCCUUUGGCUACAGUGACACCCAGGCCAUGCUCCGCAGCGGGACGUCCAACUCGCCCCAGCGCUCUGACGGCGCUUCUCCCUCCGUCUACACCCUGGACCCGUGGGGAGUGCGGAGCGUGAGCGGGGGAGGCAAGAGAGAGAGGGGAGGUGCCCCCGUGGAGGACGAGGUGGACGAGGAGAGGGAGGUCAAGGAGUACGCGAACAAAAACGAGGCACUGGAGGAGAGCAUCCAGCCUCCGGAGCUGGAGUCCAGCGUGACCCAGGACCCCGUGUGGGCCGUGGCCGAGCGGCCCAACAGCAGCCACGUCCUCAAGCUGCGGCCCGAGACCGAGUGGGCGGCAGGGAAGACAGGCACUGGUGGCGGCGGCAGGAUGGGUCACGGACUGAUGUUUGAAGAGGCGGAGAAGGUCGAUGAGGACAACAAUGAUGAUGAUGACGAUGAUGAUGCCGGUAAUGAGGGCAGAGGCCACAACGAAGGCGGCGGGAAACGUUCUCGCAGCAGGCGAAGCUGGAUCUGGAACCAGUUCUUUGUGAUCGAGGAGUACACUGGCCCAGAACCUGUGCUCAUCGGACGGCUCCACACAGACAUGGACCGGGCCGACGGCCGCACACGCUACAAGCUGCGUGGGGAUGGUGCCGGCUCUGUGUUUGUCAUCGACGAGAAGACGGGCAACAUCCACGUCACCAAACCCCUGGACCGCGAGGAGAAGGACGAGUACCGCCUAAUCGCCACAGCGACCGACCGACAGACCGACCGGGCGCUCGAGCCCUCGUCCACUUUCAUCAUCCGCGUGCAGGACAUCAACGACAAUCCGCCCAUUUUCGAGGAGGCACCCUACAGUGCCACCGUGCCAGAGAUGGCGAACAUAGGCACCUCCAUUAUCCAGGUGACAGCUACUGAUGCGGACGACCCCACCUACGGCAACAGCGCACGGCUGGUGUACACGCUGGUCCAGGGGCAGCAGUAUUUCUCCGUGGAUCCCCAGACAGGGAUCCUUCGCACAGCUGUUCCUGACAUGGACCGGGAAACUCAGGAUCAGUAUUUGGUUGUCCUACAGGCCAAGGACAUGGGGGGCCAUCUUGGAGGUCUCUCAGGAACCACCACAGUUACUGUGCACCUGAGCGAUGUGAACGACAAUCCACCACGUUUUUCACAGAGUAUGUGGUCAUUCUCCGUGUCGGAGUUGGCAGUGCCGGGAGCGGAGGUGGGCCGUAUCUCGGCAACAGAUGCCGACCUGGGCGAGAACGCCAAGCUGGAGUACACCAUCCUGGAGGGCGAGACGGGGGACAUCUUCAACAUCACCGGCAUAAACCAGGAGGCCAUCAUUGUCCUCAACAAGCCGGUGGACUAUGAGAGCCGCAGCUCCUACUCGUUCUCGGUGGAGGUCCUGAACCCCAUGGUGGACCCUCGCUUCCUGCGCCGCGGCCCCUUCAAGGACCGAGCCUCCAUCCGCGUAUCUGUGCUGGACGCCGACGAGCCGCCACGCUUCUCCCGCACCCGCUAUCGGCUGGACGUGUCUGAGAACUGCCCGCCUGCCUGCACUGUGGGUCGGGUCAGCGCGGUGGACCCGGACACUGGGCUCAACACCAACAUCAGGUUCUCCAUUGACCCCCAGUCGGACCCUGAGGCUCUGUUCCACAUCACCCCGGAUACAGGCCUCAUCACCACGGCAGCCGAGCUGGACCGUGAGCGCGAGCAGUGGCACAACAUUACGGUCAUCGCCAUGCAGAGAGACAGUCCAAGCCAGGUGUCCAGGGUGGUGGUUGCCAUAGAGACGCUGGACCUCAAUGACAACGCGCCCGAGCUGGACCGCCAGUACACAACGGCCGUGUGCGACUCCACGGCUGCCGGACAGGUGGUGCAGGUGUUGCGGGCGAUUGAUAGAGACGAAGGGGGGAAUGACAGCACCGUCCAUUUCAACAUCCCUGCAGAGUCCGGCACUGCCCUCAACUUCACCAUCAGGGAGAGUGGAGGUCCCACGGCCAGCCUGGUGCUGGUGUCCCCGCUGCAGACGCUCUCCCGCUCACCAUCCUCGUCGCUGACCCUCCACGUGCCCCUCAUCCUGCGUGACGGCGCCUCGGGCAUGACCAGCACGGGCACGGUGACGGUGACGGUGUGCCCGUGCUUGCGCGGCGGGGCACGUGCCAGCGAGAAGGAGCGCCAGCAGGAGGCGGAGGGCAGCGAGUGGGAGCGCGAGGCCGUCUGUCUGCCCCAGCCGUCCUCCUCGCCCUCCCCGGGCCUCAGCACCGCCGCCCUGCUGGCCAUCCUGGCCUGCGUGGCCACCCUGCUGGCUGUCAGCGCUCUCUCGCUCUCGCUGCGGCGGCAGAAGCGCGACUCGCUCUCGCCGCUGGAGGAGGACGACGUUCGCGAGAACAUCAUCACCUACGACGACGAGGGCGGCGGCGAGGCCGACACGGCCGCGUUCGACAUCGCCGCGCUGCAGAGCGCACCUCACAGCGUGCGCAGGGGAUACCGCACCCUCGACAGCAGGAACAUACGGUACUCGCAGCACGUGCAGGAUAAGAGCCGCACCUACAGCUGGGCGCAGGCUGGGGCUGGCGGGGGCGCAGGGGCGCUGGAGCCGGCCUACUCGGCCUCGGUGGCGCCCCUCUACGGACGCCUCUGCUACAGCAGCCAGACGCUGCCGGUGCUGCGCCGUGGACAGGGCCCGCUGGAGCCCGGCGCCGCUGAGCUCGGGGGCUACCGCAUCCCCGGCGGCCCGCCCGACCACUCGCUGGUCAUCCAGAACCAGGGUGCCAUGGUGGGCACGCUGGAGCACUGCGCCAUGUACGGGGAGCCCGGCGGCGGCGGCGGCGGCAGUCCCAGAGAGGGCACCACGUCUCAGGACGGAGCAACGGCGUCGGAGGGGGGGACGCCACGGACCAACGACAGCAAGGAGAGACUGGGCGGAGGGACAGGGACGGACUCCAGUAGUGACGCCCAGCAAAGCCAAGACCUGGACUGGGUCCAGCCGGAGCCCGGCGCGCGGGAGCAGCAGACGCUGGUGCUGACCCGCUCCGGUUCGCUGGCGGGCACCGCCACCGGCAUCGCGGCAGGCGGCUGGCUGUGCGACUCGGCCACGCUACCGCUGGCCGGACGUCGGGCCUCCCGUGCCGACUUCUCCCCGAAACGCGGCAGCAUCGCCACUGCCGGAGGGCCCUCGGAGCCCGUGCUGGACGGCGGUGGCGGAGUCAAGGAGACCCAGACGCAGUCGCUCAGCCGCAACUACGCCACGGUGGUGCCCGUGGACGGGCCGAGGGACUACAUGGGCAGCCUGGGCCGUGGUGGGGGCUUGGAGAUGGGCAGCAGCUUCGUGGUGGCACGGCCCGAGAGGGAAGGGGGCAUCCCGCUGUCGGGGCCGCCCUGCGGGGGUCUGUACCCGGACGGCGGGGCGUUCAUGGCGGACUGGCGGGAGCGGGUGGGCCUGGGAGGAGGAGGAGGGUACGUGCUGGCCAGGAGGGAUAUGACGCCCCAGCUACUGCCGUUCCCCGGUCAGGGCCGAGGCAGGGCGGCAGCGGCGGCAUUCGGAGCGGUGCUGGGCUACGGCGGCGGUGGCGGCUGGGGCUCGGGGCCAGAGGCAGGCAGGGCUGUGGCGGGGGGAGCAGGCGGGGGUCAGUCUCUGGCCCUGCGCGUGGGCGAGUUCCUGCGCCUGCGUCUGGCCCAGGUCACCUUCGACCCCUCGCAGCCGCCGUACGACUCGGUGCAGGUGUACGGCCUGGAGGGCACGGGCUCGCGGGCCGGCUCGCUCAGCUCGCUGGAGAGCGAGGGCGACAAGGAGGCCGACAAGGAAGAGUGGGGCAAAGGCAUGGAGGAGUGGGGGCCCCAGUUCCACAAGCUCGCCCUGCUCUUCCGCGAGCGGGAGAAAGAGAGAGGAGACAAGAAAGGCAACGAGGAAGAGACAGAGCCGAAGGAGGGGAACCAGGACGGGGAGAAGGAGACGAGGGCGAGCGAGGAGGCCAAGGACUGAGGGGAAGGGACAGCAAGGGAGAGAGGGAAUGAGAAGGGGAGGGGGAGAGAGGGAGAGAGAUAGAGAGAGGUGAGAGGAUGAUUAAGAAGCAACAUGAAAAGAGAGGGCGAAGGAGAGUGAGAUGAAGAGGGAAAGUAAUGGGAGAGGACAAAGAAAAACGAGCAGAGGCUAGUGGCGGUGAGGCAGGGGCCGAGGGAGAGAGUGAUUGAUGCAAUUUAAAGCAAUAAGUGUUGAAAGGCUUGAUGUGAGCACAGACAAGAAGACAUGGUGCUUCUCUAUUGCGUAUUUACUGUUUGUUAAGUGUUCUGGACACCCUACGAAAACAAGGAUUCAAAGCCUCCUAGACAGUAUUUAAUUAUGCUCUGCGUGGAGGGAGAUGGAGAUGGAGGGAAAGAGACAGAGGGAGGGAGAGAGGGUGAAAACAAGAUUGCAAGAGAAAGCCUGUGAGAGGGAUUGAGAGAUUGAGAGUGACUAAGACCUUAGAUAAUGUUUCUGGGGCAUUGCGAGACAAAAGCAACCACAGGGGAGCCACAGAAACUAGAGUAGCACACGGUGGAUAAGAAAAGUAAUAAGAAACAAUGGCAUGGGAGUGGAAGGGAGAUUUGUCCAGAAUCUGUUGCUUUUAUACAUCCUACUGACAGUAAAGUGAAUAAUUCAGUUUGCCAUGUCAGUCCUAAAGGAAGCUAUAAAUAUUUAAACAUUAAAGGAAAUAAACGUCUGUUCCUUUUGAAUAGGAUCAGAGAAAUCCACAGUGGGGAGACGUGCUGUUUCAGUGGAUGUCAACACCCAUAAUGUUUCCCUGCAAAAUUUGCUGUAAUAAUAGGCACGCACCCCCAACACAUGCACAAUUUAACAACAGACACACACACACACACAGACACACACACACACACACACACACACACACACACACACACGGAUAUUACAAAAUCCCAAGAAGGCUGUAUCCAAUCUUGGCCUUGCAAAACUUGCUAUUGGAGAUGUCUCCCAUUUCAGACCUGCAGGAACUGCAUUGCAUUGCAUACUGUUAAAGCAUUGAUUGUACUCAAUAAGUCACUAAAGCAAAAAAGUGAAAUUAGUUUGUUUUUGUGGAGUGAUUCAGUGCAUCUUUGCCGCGUCCUUCAAUGUAGAACAUGUAUAGUUUGUAGGCAAUGAGAUCAAGUAGUCUUUUGCAAUCAGUGCCACAGAACUCUCCACCGCUGAUGUUGAAAUGGAAUUCCAUGACGUGCUGAUUAUUCUAAACAAAUUGGAACCGAUGGACCCUCGGACCUGCAGAGCCAGAUGGAAUCGGAAUGCAAAUGGACUUGGAGACUAAAACUGGAAAGCACUUUUCUACAUGUGAAGUUCGAUGAUAGAUCUGAAAAUAUUGUGUUUUUUUAUCAUCAUAAAAGAUAAUCAAGGCGAUCACAAUGUUCUAUGUAAAUGUAAUUCAAAUGUCACUGAAUGCCAUUGUGAACAAUGUAAUGACUGUAUUGUUGACGUUUCAAAAGCAUAGCAGGAAAGAGGAAGUGAUAGGGGGAAAUGUCACAUUAAGAGCCAUGCCUGGACCACUGUUCCUGACUCACGUUAAGCUGAAUUUAAGUGUUCCCCUCACUGUGCACCUGUGUGCUCUCCGUCCUAUGCUGGUGUUACACAUAGCCAACGCCUGUCCAAACCAUAGAUACUGAAACGCUAUAGAUUGGCCACAUUACCGUGAUUACAGUUUUCUAUUUAGCCUGGGUACACUGUCUAAUAUUGCUAUGGAUACCAUUGAUUUUCUAAUGAGCACGCAAAGCUAUCUUUUGGCUGUAAUUAUUUCAGUGCUGACUGAAUGAUUGAAUAUCCAGCAAAUGCAUCAUUAAAGGUUCUCCAUGGUUGCAUUCACUCUUGAGUCCGAGAUGGAGCAAAUUAUUGAUGGAAAUUGCAGUGUCCGGUCUAUGCUUUUCUAUGUCUAGGGUUCAAGAAAACCCAUUUGGACUGAGCUGAACCCUUCACUCCCAAGUGGCCCUGUCUGACAUGCAUUUCCUGUUAUUAACACAGAUUUUGUACACACGUCAGUUAUUUAGAUGCUGAAAUUGUACCCUACACACUAUAUGUUGCAGGAUUUUGUUUCAAUACUCUCCCACCCUAUUUUGCUUGGCUUAUACAUUUCAACAGACUAUGUACAAAAUGCUCAGUGAAUGGAUAUUGAAGUGCUUUUGCUAGGGGGAGUAUCUGAUUGUACUCCCUUUCAGAACUCCUCUCUCCAGCAGCAGGCCCACCUGCCUGCCAUGGGCAGAUUACAGAGCCGUCUGAUGCUGUAUGUGUUUGAAAUUUGAAACACUCAUGGCUGCCCUGCAGUUGCCAAUUCCUCACCGAGUUCACGUUUCAGAUUUUUCUGUGUGAAUACCAAUGUUGAAUGGCUAGAUGGUACAGUGUGUUUGUGUGUGUGUGUGUGAAAGAGAGAGAGAGAGAUCACAGACACUACUGGCACAGGAUCUCCCCUGGCUUUGACCAGUGAAAUGGGCGACAGAGUCUCUGAUCUGUGUUUAGCCGACUGAUGGACCUUUCAUCCAAGACCCUGACCUUGCUCAGACCCGACUGAACCUCUGUGUUUCACUGUGUACCUGACCGGACCAAACCAGAACCACUGCAUUAUUGUGCACAACCACGGAGGGGUGGAAUGGGCGUCAGAGCCUUUGGACUCCACAGGGUGUUGACCUGGGCAUGAGAUCAACCACUCUCCCUGAGAGAAUAGUGUGUAUGUUGUUGGAAGAGACUCAUAGCUUUUCAAUUAGGCCACCAGCAAAACAAACAUUUUUGCUUGUACUUCUGCUAAAAAAUAGUGAUUGAAUGAGCAAGCAACAAGUCUGCUAUUAAAAAACGGUUCCAGUGUGAUUUCGAAAUCAUCUUUAUUCAAAUGGGUUCUUAUUAAAUGUGAACUAUUCAUUGAACUCUCCAAAAAUGUGAUUAACAUCUUGUGUGAAUCUGUGAUGUGUUGCUCCUAGAGCUUCCUACACCACAGCCCCACCCUGGAGUCAAAAAAUAGUUCAGGCUCUUCAGUUGGUAUCAAACUAAUUGUAAUGGUGACCUGAAGUCCUUCAGCAAGGCAGUUUAUUGGCUUAGACAAACAUAUUUUCAUAACAGCUAUCCUUUUUGCACACUACUUAGUUAUUGAAUAAGCAGAACAGCGAACUUCAGGCAGAGGAGGUGUGUGUGUGUGUGUUAGUCAGGGUCUCAUUGGAAGGGGGGGACCACUGACCUUGAACCCCCUGUAGAGGUCACAAGGCUCUGAUUCCUUUGGGUAUUGUACUGCUCCUGCACGAUGUAAGAGGGGCUCUUUUGUGAAGCUAGAAAAAAAAUCACAAUGGCGUACUGAAUAAAGUGUAUUUAUUCUGUUGUAUUUUUCUUUUAUUCCUUUUUCUUUUUUGUAAAAAUUGAA